AUGACGCACACUGGGGCUGCUGCUGCUUCUGGUGCAUCGGCGUCGACGUUGUCGUCGCAGUCCACGGCUGCUGUCGCCAGCGAUGAUGCCUUUUCCGAGCAACACCAAGGGCAGAAGCAGCGCAACCUUCUUCGUUGCUUCGCCUUGGCAGAUCUCCUUGGCGUGUCACCGACAGUGGUGCAGCAGCUGGCGAACGCGGCGGCAACGCCGUCUAGCUCGCUGCACCACGCACGCAACACUUCGCGCGCCAGCUCUCACUGCUCCACCGAGAGUGACCCCGUUAUACGGGCGUAUCAACUGGAGCAGAUCCUCGUGGCCGCCGUUGUGAAGCAGCUUUUCGAUCGCUGCUGCGACCCCGACCAGAGCAUCCAGAAUGGUGGCAGCGUAGAUGCAGGGCAGCCGGCGGCUUCUUCGGUCUCGACGACGGCGCGGCAGCCUGCGCGAAAGCACCAGCCCUCGUCCUUGAAGGCACCUCCGUGGUCGGCAGCACUGUCUGAGCCGCGGCGUGCCUGUACGUCUCCGCAGCAACCAGAUGGGGAGCGGUUGCUGCCUUCGGUGCUGAGCUCCCCGCAGGGGGUGGCCCGCGUGGACGCCUUGCACGCAUCUUUCCUCCCGUUACUGCUUGUCGCGCUACUGCAGCGCGUGAGUGAGGGAAGCGGCGGCGAUACGCAAGCCACAGACGCCACAGUGCCGAGGCAAACACCUGACACCAACGCGGCCGCGUCGAAUACAUCAGCGGCCGUUUUCUCUCUGCGGCAGCAGCGAAGUUUUCGUACCGCGCUUCAUCAGCUGCUGCCACUCUACACACCUCUGCUCCUGCAGCGACGGCGCGCCGCCCGUGCUGUGGUGAGCUCCGUUGUGGUAGCACUACAGGAGUACCCGUGUAGUGGUCACGAUGACGGCGAGAGCACCACCGAGGAGGAAGAGAGCCGAAAGCGUAUUCAGCGUCUAGUGCAUCAAGGGCUGUGCUGCAGCGAAGUCAAGCAGUGGCUGCACGCAGCUCGUCUCUUGUCGGACACGCUCGUGGCGUGUCUCUCCCACGUGAGUCGACGAGCCAGCAUAGCAGCAACAGCACCGCCGCCGCCAUCAGGCGCCGUCGUGGUGGACGAGGACGAUUCGAUGGAGGCGCGGUGGACACUGGAGAUGGCCGGGGUGUGGCUGAGUGUGGCAGGGAUGCCCCGCCAAGGUGGCGGGUCGGUGGCGGAGGGGCGGCGUCCGUCAGAUCUUUGGUGGUGGGAAUCAGGUAUGAGCGCUUCGAGUGGUGCCGCGCAGCCAGAGCCCGACGGCAGCACCCUUGCAAGUGCUGGGGGCCCAACGAACCAACAAGACUGCGCGCCGUUCACCACCACCACCACUGCCGAGGUGCUCGCGCUUGCAGAGGUCAUGUGUAUCGUAGGCGAGGAGACGUGCGGCGACAUCUGGCCCCACGAGGGUGGCCAUUCUGGCGAACAGCAGCAGCUGCCACCGUCGAGUUGUGCAGUUGUUGGUGGUCGCACAGUGCCGAUACUACGCGAUGUACUGACACUCUUUCUCGCUAGGCACCACGACAGCCGCGUGUUCAAUCCUCUCCGCGCCCUUUCGGCUUCCGAGGUGACGGCGACUGAGCCUCGACACCGCUACGCGCUCCUCCUCGCUGAGCGUCUUGAGACGGCGCAGCGCCACCAGCACCGCCUGCUCGCCGCAGCGGAGCGCGCCGUUCACCGAGUCCUGCGACAGCAGCACCAGCAGGACCUCAGCGUCCUCUGGCAACCACCAGGGAUGAUCGUAGCACUGUGCCACGUGACCGCCUAUCAGCUGCGCACCCAGUUGCAUCGACGCGAGCAGCGUAUGGCCGAGCUUGGCACCGCGACCGCGGCGACGGCGACGGCGGCCAUGCUCGCGUCACCGCACCUGAACAUCGACUCGCUGCCUCCCUCCGGCAGUGUGGCCGAUGCGGAUCUACAGAGACGCAGCGGCAGCGAUGAGGUUGACAGGGAGUCUCGACAUGGCCGACACUCAUCUAGUAGCAUCCCCUCUGCCGCUGCUGCCGCGAAACGCCCGCAGCUAGGGAAGCGGCUCUGGUCAGAGGAAGAUGACGAUGGUCCUGCGGCACCGCAUGAGAAGAGCCAAGGGCAGUGGCGUGCUCGAUCCCUCGAUGAGGAUGCUGGACUAGCAGCACACGCAGCGGUGCUAUCCUCGGCAGCCGGCCCUGCCACCACAACAUCCGCAGCAGCGGCAGCAGACACGACGAUUUCCACGUUUUCACCCCCACCGCCGCCGCUUCCAGUGUCAUCAGCUCCGUCUUCUGUGCAUUCGCUCGUGCCUCUUCGCUACACACCGCGCACAAGCAGCUUGCACCACGGGUCUCGCGUCUAUGGAACGCUGCCAGCGAUGCACGCAAGCGGGGAUGCGUCAGCGGCAGCUGACGAGGACGCCGGAGAUGGUGAGCGGCUCGCGCGCGGCAGCAACGACUACUACGCGCCUGCUCGGUCGAUGGAGCGCCUAUGGGAGCUGCCGGCGUGCGUGCCGCGGGAUUGGACGCCAGCGCUGGCUACGCUGAUGGCGUGUUGCGUGCUGUGUCUCAGCUCAACCUCGACAACGGCGGCGGCGUCACGGCUCGCGGUGCUGCUUGGUGAGACGCUACUGAGUCGUCAUUCCGCGGAGGCGGAGUUGGCGCACAACACCGCUGCCACUGCUCUCAGUGGCUCGGCCUCUGAGCCGUUGACGAGGCGAGUCACCAGCCCGCGACCAAGCCUCCCUGACUUCGGCCUCGGCAAACGCCACGAGGCUUCAGCGGCGACGGCAGCCGGUGUGAGUGUGCGCAGCAGCGUGUGCAGUAGCAGCGCCACCAACAGUAUCGCUGGCGUAUCCAUAGCAGCGGAUAGCACCGACAGUGGCGGGGAGCUCGCCAGCUCCGUGGUAGCCGUGGGGGCACUGGCGCAGUGGCACCUGCGAGGGCUGAUCCGGCAGUUGCGCCUCCCAGUCACCGGGCGGGUGCUGCCGAGCGAGCAGGCCGGCCAAGACCGUCUUCGAGGCCGCCACACUAAAGCGCCGAGGACGCGUUCUGCUGCCGCGUCAUCCUCGCUGGCUCUUCUUAGCAACGCCGUCGACCGCACCUCCGCGACGCCCAGCUCGGCGGGUGCGGUGGCAGGAGGCGAUUCGUGGUUCACGCGGUACAACCAGACCACCCACGCCCGUUCCCGUGCGCUGGAUGCGGCGACGCGCUCGAAUCUCCGCGGCGCGGAUGCCGCUGCAUCGCCCUCCUUGCCGCCGGCAGGUGGUGUCCUGCGCCGGCUCGAUCCCGUGUCCCUUCUCGCCAGCUGUUUUGCCCUGAUGCACCUGCUGCAGACGCAGCCGCGCUUCUUCCAGAAGGCGAGGUUGGGUGGACGCACGAUGCAGGAGUUGCGACUCGGCGUGCUGGAAGCUCGCUGGGGCGGCGAGCCGGGGUGUGCAACACAGAUGCUGCAGCGUCACGGCUCGGCGACGAGCAUGGCGACGGUGUCCGUCAACAGCGCAUCGAGAGCCCUUGUGAAGGGCACCGCUGGCGGGUGCGCUGACCCGCGCGCCGCGGGCGCAGAUGCGUCUUGGCGUCGCGGGGAUGUCCUGCGCCUUCCCCGUGGGCGCUCACUGUGGGAUCGCUCCGGCGCGGGUGCACCAGAGGCGGCACUGGACAGACCGCAGGGCAUGGCCGCGAGCGAUGGCAACGGUGACGGUGACGAUGCAGAUGCGCCGGUGCCGGCUGCGGCAGCCGAUGCGUGCGGCAGCGUGGACGACUCCUGCGAUGACGCAGCGGCCGCAGCCACGUGUAACUUUACCGAGGCGCUUCUGGUUACCGUUUCCUACGUUGGCUGCCGAGCCCUUGCAGCGGCGUUGGCGCAGCUCGCAGCUCCAGCCCUCGACAGCGCGGAGGCGGUGGACGCGAGUGUCAUCUUGUGUGGCGGCGGUGGCACCGCCGCUGCUGUCGCCCCCUCUGCCCCUACUCGAGACCUUUGGUGUGAUGCUCUGCAGGUGAUCACGGGGCUGUUGCUGGAGGCGCAUCGAGCACACAGAGUGGGUACCGCUGCCAGCCGUGUUCGUGCCGCGGCAGCGGCAGUAUCAAGGAGUAGCGUUGACCACCACGACAGCACGCGUACCCGCAGUCACGGCAUUCUGUCGUCUGCCAGUCGCUCGGUGGACAGGGCAAGCACGCUGGCAUCAACAGCGACCUCGACAGUCGGCGUACUCCUGCCAGCCUCCCGCGCCUCCGCGCGUGCGUCAGUGCCGCAGCAGCCGAGCGACCCUCGGCAAGCACUCGACUUGGGCUCUACCCCGACGGCGACUUCUUUUCAUGCCGCUCGUCCCGUUGGUGAUGCUGGACGCGGCGCCGACGCUGCCGCCUCCCCUCCCGUCGCGAUCACCACUACACACCUGAUGCCGGCACCGCUGUCAACGGAGGCACAAUUCGGGAUCGGGGCAUUCUUCAUUGCCCUCGCGCGAGCGUUGUUGCAGCUCCACGCGUCGUCGUCGGCGGCGGCGGCGACCUCCGUCGGAGGUCCGCCCGGCCAGCAGCAGCAGCAUCAUUGUCGGCCACAGCCGCUACUGUGCGUUGUCCAGUGCCUCUACGCGGUCGCCAGCAUCAUUGAUGACGUGCUGCACGACUACUCCAACCCUCCGCCUGCCGUGCUGUGUGACGUGCUCGCGAUUAUGUUGAUGAUACAGCCGCUGCAUCAGCCAUCAGCGACGGUGCAAGAGGCGGGUGCCAUAGUGCCGCCGCCGCCGCAAGUUAGCGACACGCUUACGGCGUGGGAAGCGCUGCGCCUAACGCCCUUCUGGGACGGUGUCCUGCUCGGUCCCUUAGAGGCUGCAAGUCGCGCGUGGGCGUGCCAUGAAGAGCGCAGCACCGCCACAUUAUCUGAUAACGGUGAGGAGCGCCGGUGUAGUGAUCGUCAGCGCGGCCGCCCCCCUCACUCGACAGCCAGGCUAUGUAAGUCACUACCGGCGUCGCACAUCCCCUCACCACCCCAGCCCUCACGCCCGCCAUGGCAGAGCCUCCUCGGGCACCUCCCGUGCUCCCGAGACCCGUUUUCCGCGUCAUGGCUGCCAGCGGCUUUUCGCGGGUCAUCACGCUCUAGCACCAGCUGGACACUGCUUGCCCUGCUGGCGAAAGAGGACGAUCUUCUCUUGGCAGACCCGCCGACAACAACGGCUGCGAGCACGGCGGACGCGAUACAUCAGCUGAGCGUUUCCAUCGUGGCGUCCGCGCGGUACACGGAGUGGAUGGAAACAUUGUGCGAAGCGUGGCAAGCGUGA